GCAAACUGAAAAAUUAGCUAUGGGCACUCCAUCCUGCACUAUUGUAAAUUUGUUUGGCUUAAGAAGCAAAUACUUUCUCACAACUCACCAAACAGUUGCAUGUGGAACAUCUAGUUCAAAGUAUGGAUUGUGGCUCAAUUUUGCAAGAGUGUUAAUAAAUGUUCUCUCUGUCUUUCACUCACAGGCAGCUUGAAGAUUAGUUAAGAACUACUGAAUAGCCAAUCUGAACAUACAUUGACCACAGUAGCAUGUUAUUUUACCUUUGGAAUGCAAUACAGCAGUGAUUAUGGCAAGGCAUGGAUUCAACAAGUCCUUGAAUACUGGCCUCAUGAAACUCUAAAUUCAUGCAGUGAGAAUAUUGUGUUUGACCAUCCCUUUGGGAUAAAUGUGAUACUUCCUGAUAAUCGGAAAACAGAUUACCUUUAUACAUGUGCCAAGUGCUGUAAGACGUACAAGUUUCAGCGAUCUUUGAAUAGGCAUCUUACAUAUGAAUGUGGGAAACUACCUCAGUUUCAGUGUCCAUACUGCAAUGAAAAGAGACAUCUUAAAUGUAAUUUGGAUAAACACAUUAUGCGUAAACAUAAAAAAAUUCCAAUGUGUAUUUAGUUCCACCAUAUAGUAGAUGUUGUCAUGAGAUACAAAUAAAUGUGCUGUUAAAAGAUAUCAUUUAUUUUCUUUUAGAUUAGUUAUAUGUUGUAUACAGGGUUAUUUUGUAAGUAUUUCUAGGGUUUUAGAAGACAGCUGCAUAAAAACUACAAGACGAACAGAAAAAUUACACAUUUCAAUGCCUUAGCAUAGUUGCGGACUGCACCACUAUGGGCAGUCACACCAGAACGUGAAGACAAGCCAUCAGUUCAUUAUUGUUGCCUUUGGGUAGGCAACCCAGUGUACAGCUUUUCAAAGCAUGCUGGUGUCGUUACGCAUUCCUGAACACCAUCGUCAGUGACUUCAAUUAAUUGUGCGCGUGUAUUGACAUUUUCCACAUCACAAAUGAUGCCUUUAUUGAGCACCUAUAUGACAGGUUACAACUUGGAGAGAUACUCUGUCCGCUGAUAGUGUCUACUUUCUGUAAGUCAUUUAGUUCUGAAACAUCACCUUCUGAAAACCAGAGGUACUUAUAAAUAAUCCUGUACUUUCCAGUGCAUAUUU